GCGCACUUGGCCACCGAGCGCCGCCAGAUAUUUAUGUCCGUGCGCGUCGAAAAAGUGAACUUAAUCAUGAGAGCUCAUCUUAGCCUGUGCGUCCUCGGGUUCGCCCUUGCGGUCAGCAAUGCCGCUGUCAUUAAGGGUGGCGUCGAAAUCCCGACCUACUCUGAGCCUUGUAUCAGGAACAGCCCUGACUUCAAUGCCUGUCUCAAAAAAACCAUUCAGUACCUCAUCCCAAAGUUUGCUCUCUCAGGUGUUCCUGAAUUGAACAUGACUGGUUUGGACCCGCUCUAUGUCCCAGAAUACAUCCAAGAUUAUGAAGGUGGAGAAAUAUACGGCAAGGGAAUUGUCAAGAACUCCUAUGUAAGAGGACUUGCUGGACUCAAGGUCUUGGAUGUCAGAUCCAAAGUCAAUGAUCCUGAAAGAAUGGUGUUGGAAGUCGACUUCUUACUGCCAAAACUCCAAUUUGACGGAACCUACAAGAUGGAAGGUGCCAUUGGAGAUUUAGUUGUCCAAGGCCGAGGUGUUUACGGAGCAAACAUGACUGACAUCACUGGAACCUGGAAACUCAAGGGACACAGAGUGACUGUUGAUGGUGAAGACUACAUGAAGAUUCACGAAUUCCAUGUAAGACCUCAAAUUGGAGACGCUAAGUUCCAUGCCACCAAUCUCGUAAACGGAAACCAAAGACUGAGCCAAGUCGCCCUGACUUUUGUCAACCAAUUCUGGCGAGUCCUGUAUGAAGCCAUGUUACCUUUUGCUGAGUCUGGAUUUGACAAAGUUGCCCGCCCUGUACUCAACCAAGUGUUCCUCACAGUUCCUUAUGACCAACUCUUCCCCCUCGCCAAGAACUAAAAUUGAAAACUUUGAACAGUUUAAGUUUAAGCUGACAAUUCCACUUGCAAUUCAUGAUAACAAAUCAAACAAGUUCAAAUGAAAGCUUAUCAAUUGAAAAAUCAUAUCAACAAAAAAGUUAACAAAUUGAAAGUAAAGACAAAUUUACAGGAGCUUUCUCCUUUCACUUAUCUACAAGCAAAGACAUGGAUUGAUAAAUAUCUCGCCCCAUAAUAUUCACUGGUAUAAUAUUCCUUUCAAUGCUCAUCUCACUUCAGAUUUAAUUGUUAUACAUACUUGUUAUUGAAUAAAUUUUGUACUUUUUUUUUUUU